AUUGUUACUGAAUCAAAGCAAUAUCUUAAUCGUACGAUCUCCACUGCACAUGUUAGACAUAUCUUGCACUCAAUCAGUCAAUGUUCCUUUACAGGAGUCAUAGAUCUGCUUGGUGCUGCAGGUGGAUUAGUGGAAUUUAAGGCUUCACUUUUGGCAUCUCAUGGAUUCGCUACUCUUGCUUUGGCCUACUCAGGCUAUGAAGAUCUACCAUUGGUUCCAUCUUCACUAAACUUGGAUUAUUUUGAAGAAGCUGCCAACUGGCUUAUAAGUCACACUAAAGUGCUUCCACAUGGUAUCAGCAUGCACACUAUAUGCUAUGGGUCAUGGAUUGCACUGUUGAUGGCAAGCUAUCAGAUUGCACCAAUAAAGGCCGUUGUAGCUAUUUCACCUAUGGUAAUCGCCUGCCCUCUCCCUUUCCAAUUAAGAGGGAGAGUCUCAGACAUAAUACCCCCAGAUGAGAGCAAAGUGGUGUCUUCAGAAAAGGGCAGCAUCCAUCGUUUCGCCCAACCAACUGACAUCGGUUACAUGAAUCCAACAACAGUCUCCAAAUACUCAGCUAUUACACCAGUUGAGAACAUCAAUUGCCCUGUCAUGCUGGUUUCUGGAACUGAUUACUUGAACAUGCCCACCGAUUUAACAGUAAAGUUCAUUAUUGAUCGCUUGAAGGAGAAUGGAAAAGAACAUUUGUGCACUAACUUGCGUUAUCCCCAAGCGGGACAUCUCAUCGAACCACCCUACUCUCCUCUUUGUGAUUUUUCUUUCGACAAAGUUGCUAAAGAAUUGGGUGGUUACCCUUACGUAGCUUGGGGAGGGGAGACUGUUGCACAUGCCAGAGCACAAGAAGACUGCUGGCCAAAGAUUUUACAUUUUCUGCGAAAACAUCUCCAACAAGACAGAGAGUGAGGUAU